CCACCGUCCAACACACCGAUCCACCGAAACGCCAUUGCGCUCUUUCCAUCCUCUUAUACCCAAACCUCCCCUCCUUCCCCCCCUCCUUGUCCACUUAAUCUUACUCUAGCCCUACAGUAACCUGGGUUCAGCAUCAUGGGAAGGGAAAUCGUCAGCGUCUCGGUCGGACAGGCUGGUAACCAGAUCGGUACCGCCUUCUGGGAGAACAUCCUGCAGGAGCAUGGCCUUGACUACAACGGCAAGUACGUCGGCAACGACGCGCAGCAGCUGGACAAGGUCUCGGUCUACUUCAACGAGGCGGCCAACCAAAAGUACGUCCCGCGCUCGGUUCAGGUCGACCUCGAGCCCGGUGUCGUCGACCUCGUGCGCUCUGGCCCCCUCGCAAACCUCUACCGCCCCGACACUUUCGUUUACGGCCAGAGCGGUGCCGGUAACAACUGGGCCAAGGGCUACUACACUGAGGGUGGGUCCACGUCCGCGUCCGCGUGUCCCGCGUUACAGGAGUCGCUAACUGGUGACACAGGUGCCGAGCUUGUCGACCCCAUCCUCGAUGUCCUCCGCAUGCAGGUCGAGAGCGCCGACUCGUUCCAGGGCUUCCAGCUCCUCCACUCCCUCGGUGGUGGUACUGGUUCGGGUCUCGGUGCCCUCCUCCUCAGCAAGAUCCGUGAGGAGUACCCCGACCGUAUGCUCGCGACUUUCUCGGUCUUCCCUUCGCCCAAGGUCUCGGAGACCGUUGUCGAGCCCUACAACGCCAUCCUCUCGACCCACAUCCUCGUGGAGAACUCGGACAUUACCUGCUGCAUUGACAACGAGGCUCUCUACCAGAUCUGCGUCAACGACCUCAAGAUGAAGGCUCCCGAGUACAAGGACCUCAACCAGCUCAUUGCCAAGGUCAUGACUGGCUUCACCUCCACCCUCCGCUUCCCUGGUGUCCUCAACUCGGACCUCCGCAAGCUCGCCGUCAACAUGGUGCCCUUCCCCCGUCUCCACUUCUUCACCGCAGGUUACGCCCCUCUUGUCGCCUCGACCAGCCGUGCCUACACCGCUUCCAACGUCUCGGAGCUCACCGCCGCUCUCUUCCAGCGCCGCUCGCUCCUUGCCGCCAUCGACCCCGCCCUCGGCAAGUACCUCACCGUCUCGGUUGCCUUCCGCGGCAAGCUCAGCAUGCGCGACAUCGAGAACUCGGUCUACGAGUUCCAGAGCAAGAACUCUGAGCACUUCGUCCCAUGGAUUCCCAACGGUGCUCUUACCACCCUCUGCACUGUCCCCCCCAUCGGUCAGGUCGCCUCGGCCACCCUUGUUGCGAACACUACUGCCAUCUCAGAGGUCUUCAAGCGCUCGCACGUUCAGUUCCGUCAGCUCUUCAAGAGGAGAGCCUACACCCACUGGUACACUGGCGAGGGUAUGGACGAGAUGGAGUUCACCGAGGCCGAAUCAAACUUGGCCGACCUUUGCGAGGAGUACGACCAGUACGAGUCGGCUCAGCUCGACGAGGAGUACGAGGACGAGGCCGAGGAGGUCGCUCAGGAGUACGCUGAGGACUUCGCCGAGUAGUUGGAGCUGCUAAUGACCCCUGGUAGUUAAAGUUUUUAAAUCCCUUUUAUGUGACAAAGAGAUCUCCGUGUUCUCGAUUGACUUCUUACA